AUGGAUUUUUAACAUCAUACUAAUAGCACUAGGUAAUUGAGAUUUGUUUAUAAAAUUAGCAUAAGUGGAUCAUCAUCUCCUAGUUCAAAAAGAGGAAUUCAAGAAUGUUAUCAUGAUUUUUUUUAAGAUAAGAAAUCUAAAAGGAGUAAGCAAAAUUGUUAUAGAAGUGGUUCUAUAGUAUUAGGAUCAGUUAAAGAAGUAUCUGAAGAUAUUGAAGAUUAUCUUGUAAUUUAGAAUAAUAUUAUAGAUUUAAAGAAUACCUCACAUUUAGAUUUAAAAUGAUAAGUUUGAGUUCAGAUAAAAUAUUAGUUAGAGAGAUAGGUCAUCACCUCUACUUAUUAGAAAAUAGGAAUAUAAAAAGAGAAGAGCAUCUUUGAGUCCUCAUGGAACUAAUGGAUUAUAGAAAGUUGAGGAAGUGAAUGGAGAUGAUGAUGAACUAAAGAAUAAAUGUAUCUUUAAACUAGGAUUGAUAUUUGAUAAGAAUGAAUUUAAUGAUAAAUAGAAAAGAUCAUCAAUUGUAAAAGAAAGAACUAAUCAUGAUGUAAUCCAAAUUUAUCGAAGAUGUAGCCAAAUUUGUCGAUUCUUGAAGAUGUUUAAGAAAAUGUAAAAGAUUAACAUACAUAUGCUAACACAAUAUUGAAAUUAAAGGUUGAUGAAGUAGAUUUUGGUUAGGAUAAAAAAUAAUGGGCUCCUGAAGAAAUGAUUGAAAUAAUUGAAGAAGAAAAACCAGAUACAAUAAUUAAUGUCAAAGAAAAAGAAAUGUUUUAGAAAAGUAUUGCUAUUAAUUUAAGAUAGUUAAAAAAAUAUUACAUGAAGAAAGAGAUUUUUUAAAGAAAAUAUUAAAAGGAGAAAUGAUUGAAUAAGAAGAUAUUAAAAAAAAAUAAGAAUAUUAGAUGCAAAUUGGAGAAGCUCAUUGGAAUCAAUUAAUAUAAGAAGCAGAGGAAUAAGUCAAUAGUGAUGAAGAUCAUUAAUGA